UCGCAUUUCCUGGCGUGUUUAUUGGCACAGUUAGCAGAAUGUUGUAGAUAAGAAGCAGGCGCAUGUAGGGGGCAAUACACCGUAUACAAGCGCUUAGAGAACAAGCAUAGGGGAGCCAUGCUGGACGGGGCCCACAAGCCCGACGGGCAGGAUCCGCUAAUUAAGGGGGCAGCCAGGCGCCAGACAGAGGUCCAGAUGUGCCAGGCUGUCCUGCCUUGUCAUGCCAACCACCGGGGCGAUCUGGGUGCCGGGCAGCUACUGAAGUGGAUGGACACCACCGCAUGUCUAGCAGCUGAGAAGCAUGCUGGAAUUGCAUGCGUCACAGCCUCCAUGGAUGAUAUCCAGUUUGAAGAGACAGUGAGGGUUGGUCAAGUAAUAACCAUAAGAGCCAAAGUAAACCGAUCUUUCAAUACCAGCAUGGAGGUCGGCAUCCACGUGUCUGUACAGGACGUGCUGAGUGGCAUGCAGAAGAAGGUCUGUUUGGCUUUCUCCACAUUCGUGGGCAAACCCACUGGAUCUAAGAAGGUGUGCCUGACACUGGUCAGCGUCCCCGUUUCUGCAGAGGAGCAGCUAGAGCAUUCGCUGGCAUCCGAGAGACGCAGACUCCGUCUCUACAACCAGGGAGCCUUCGCCAAACUCAUGCAGGAUUACCACAUCCUAAAUAGCAACGGUCUCCACAGCGGAAUAGACAGCCUUCCCCUGAAGCCUACAGAGAUGACUCAGGUGGAGAGCACUGAGCUGGUGCUGCCACCCAAUGCGAAUCACCACGGCAACACCUUUGGCGGGCAGGUUAUGUCAUGGAUGGAGAAUGUUGCCUCUGUUGCAGCCAGUCGCCUAUGUGGGACUUUCCCUACCCUGCGGGCCGUGGACAUGUUUAAAUUCCGGGGUCCGUCCACCGUUGGAGACAGGCUGGUGUUCAAGGCCAUGGUUAACAACGUCUUUGGAACGAGUGCAGAGGUGGGAGUGAAGGUGGAAGCCUAUAACUGCCAGGAAUGGAACCAGGGGAGACCCAGACACAUCAACAGCGCCUUCCUCAUCUACCACACAGACGAGGAACAGCAGCACAGCUUCCCCAGAGUCACCUACACCACAAAGGAUGGAGAGAGGAGACACCGUGCAGCCAUAGUGAGGAGGAGAAUCCGCCUGGCCAGGAAGCACCUCUUAUCUUGCAAAGACGAAGGGCCCCUGUCGGUUCCGUGGGAUAAAGGCAAUCAGGUCUACCUGGGCUAUAACAACGUAGCGACUCUCACCAUCCUGGCUGCAAAGAAAGACUGGCAAGCCAGCAGCAUCAGCAACAAGGUCACCGUGUCCGUGAACGACGACCAGGACUCUCUGUGCAUGAGGGUGGAGAUGGACGUCCACGCUCCAGCCUUCCACGCCUUCUCCCUCCUGUCAGACCUCUGUCUGCGCCCACAGUGGGACCAACACUACCUGAGCUGUGAGGAGGUAGAGAAAGCAGACGAGGAGGAGAGGGUGUACCAUGUGAAAUGUCCACCCAUCAACGGCGAGUCUGGACGGGACUUUGUGUUUCUACUGUCCGAGAGACAGCCCUGCAAAGACGGUGACCCUUACAUCGUCGCCCUGAGGUCAGUCACAGUAACUGCUGUCCCUCCCCAGGACGACUAUAUCAGGAGUGAAACGCAGUGCGCCGGUUUCCUGAUCUGGAGCAAAAACUGCACUAACUGUAAGGUGUCUUACUACAACCAGGUGACCUUGGGGGUUCUGCCGUAUGUGGUGGGGAACCUCGCAGGAUGGUCCAGGUGCAUGGAGGACACGGCCUCGUCAUGCAUCGCUUUCCUGGGGAGGGAUGUGCUGCCAGUCCCACUCCACACAUCAUGAAAGGUCCAGUGAAUAUAAGCCUCCCACCAGUAAGGGUAUUUUGGCUUUAACAACUGUAGCUGUGUACUGAUGUAUAUUUGAAUGUCUAUAAAAGUAUAAUGGUUAAAUAAUCUAUUUAAACAACGCGAUACAUCAUUUUAUAUGAGGGCCUUGAAAUUAAGAUAUACUUUGCAAAAUGUGUAUAAUCACAUAUUGUUAUUCUCUGAAAUUAUGCCUUAAUGAUAUCUAUCAUUAAUUGAU